GCUGGCUUCCGGCCGGCCGCGCCGGAUAAGGCAGGGGCUGGCGGCGGCGUUGUGUGCCAUGGGGGCGCGGCCGGGUUAGGGCGCGGCGAUGUCGGGCUAUGCGCGGCGGCAGGGCGCGCCCCCACUAUCGCGGACGCGGAGCCUCGUGGUUCCCGACGCUCCUGCGUUCUAUGAGCGCCGGUCUUGUCUCCCCCAGCUAGACUGUGAGCGCCCCCAUGGCGGGGACCUGCACCCCCACCUCUUCGGCUUUCGGCCGACGUUUAUGUGCUAUGUGCCCAGCCCGGUGCUGGCUUCGGUAGGAGACACAGAUUUUGGCUAUGGAAAGGGGAAAUGUACUAAACAAGGUCCGUCGGGAGCCCAUGAGACGCGCUUUGGAGGUGACAAACUUGAAGACCUUGAGGAAGCCAAUCCAUUCUCCUUCAAAGAGUUUUUGAAAACCAAGAACCUCAGCCUGUCAAAAGAAGACACAACCACCAGUCGGAUUUACCCGAAGGAAGCCUCAAGGCACCCACUGGGACUGGACCACAGCCCCCCCGCCUCCCAGCCCAUGGGAUAUGGCCUGGAAUAUCAGCAGCCAUUUUUUGAAGACCCAACAAGAGCCAGCAACUUAGAGGAGGAUGAAGAAGAUGGGUGGAAUAGAGCCUACCUGCCAUCUGCCGUGGAGCAGACUCAUUCCUCUAGAGCUACACAGAAUUCAUCACCCUGUGGCACCUACCUUUCCUUUUUUUCCAACGCAUCAGAGCUGGCAGGUCCCGAGUCUUUGCCCGCAUGGACGCUGAGUGACACUGACUCCAGGAUCUCUCCAGCGUCUCCCACUGGGAGUCCAAAUGCAGACUUUGCAGCUCAUGAAGAAUCCCUAGGGGACAGACACCUGCGGACGCUGCAGAUAAGUUACGAAGCACUGAAAGAUGAAAACUCUAAGCUCAGAAGAAAGCUAAAUGAGGUUCAGAGCUUCUCUGAAACUCAAACAGAAAUGGUGAGGACGCUUGAACGGAAGCUGGAGGCGAAGAUGAUCAAGGAGGAGAGUGACUUCCAUGACCUCGAGUCGGUAGUCCAGCAAGUCGAACAGAACCUCGAACUGAUGACCAAACGGGCUAUAAAAGCAGAAAAUCAUGUCUUGAAGCUGAAACAGGAAAUGAAUUUACUCCAGGCACAGCUCUCAAACUUCAAGCGAGAAAAUGAAGCCCUUCGGUCAGGCCAGGGUGCCAGCCUUACCGUGGUGAAGCAGAACACCGAUGUGGCCUUGCAGAACCUCCAUGUUGUCAUGAACAGUGCACAUGCAUCCAUAAAGCAGCUGGUGUCUGGAGCAGAGACACUGAACCUUGUUGCUGAAAUCCUCAAGUCUAUCGACAGAAUUACUGAGGUUAAAGAUGAGGCAGACUCCUGAGAAGCUCUGCCUGUCACCGGGUCCCAUCGCCUCGGCGCCGAUGGCACCACACGACUUCCGAAUGUGUUCCUAACCAUGCGGUCCUCACCAAAGCAUUUCGCAGCCUAAGCGUGUAACUGGCCACGGCGGUGCGGCUCUAUUCCAGCAGUCGAGCCUCACAGCUCACAUGAAGUCCUCUGGGGGAGGGCCCACUGUUUGAUAGAGUCACUGAUUUACUGGAAGACAGUUUUAUAAAACCCAGCAAUUUUUAGAAACCACUAAAGCUGAAACGACAGAUUUGUAAGAGGCUUCUUCCACUGUCCUCUCAAAUUUAGCUACAGCAUGAGCUCAGGCUAAGCCUCAGUUUUAUCAAGCAGAACACUAAGUGAGCCAGUGUGGAAGUGAGCAGCCUGUACAGGAACUUGUGCUGUCCUUCAGGGCCUUACCAGCAGAUGGUUGUCAUUGUGCCCUUCACAGGAUGGCUCCUGUUGUCAGCAGCCUCACUGAGGCAGCACCACUUGGUAGAUGCUGCUGUCCUCCCACCAGACCAUAGGACCAAGGUCACAGAUGGUGCACAUUGCAAAGCUUCAUACACUCAGUACUGUGGCUGUCGGCUUUGAUGCAUGUUAAUGUGUCCGUGUGCCUUUUGUAUAGUGCAGUUCAGACUGGAAUUAAAGCACACACCCACCUGAGGGGUCAGCACCAGCUCUUUGGGCUGUCUGGCUGCUUUUGGAAGGGCAGGCAAGACAUAAGCAGCAUCCUGUGCUAUGCUAAGGGGUCACAGUUUGGGGGCCACUUUCCUAUGGAUUUUUUAAAUUUUCCUUUCCCCUCCUGUUGAAACCGACAGCUUUCUUAUCUAAAUAAACCCUGAAGACCAUC